GGUGUUGAGAGAGUUUGAUAAAGAUUUUUAUUCUUUUCAUUUUUUCAACCACUCUUCCUGCAUAAAGGAGGCUCUUCUGUGAGAAAUCCAAUUCAGUUCUUCUCCUAGGAAUCAAAGAUGAAUGCAAUCGCUUCAGAAUGCAGUAGUGGUUGUGAGUCUGGCUGGACUCUAUACCUUGAACAUUCUCUCCUCAGGCAAAAUAUUUCACAUAAGGAUACUCCAUUUAUUGGCGGAAAUGAUGGAUUUUAUGAAGACAAGGACAAAAGAGCCAGGGAAGAGGAUACUGCAGAAGAGGAGGACUUGUCUAUGGUUUCUGAUGCUUCUUCCGGUCCUCCACAUUUCCUAGAUGACGAGGCUUUCUUCAACGAAGACAAUGGGUGCUUCCAUUCUGAAUCUGAGGCAGAAAAAAUGGUUAAGUCUGCUAAAAAGAAGCAGAGAGUUAAAGAAAAUGAACCCUGCGGAGAUCAACACCUUCCAUCUUUCCUUGAUGAUACUGCUAGCUCUCCUGUCUUUGACUUUGCCAUGAACAAUGGAACUCAAGCUUCAACAGAGGGCGCGCUAGAUUAUUCACAGGGUUUCUCUGCAACUUAUUUUGAGGAGAGAUCCUCAAUCCAAGAUCACUGUGCUUCUUACAACCAUCUCUAUCAUUAAAUGAACUUCAGAACAGCCAAGUAAAUACCCGUUUCUUACUUGGUUCUGCCUCUGCAAUGCCUGAUUUUCUCUGUCGUCGGUCAGUUACAUUAUCCGCUUAGUUGUUGCUUUUGAGGAAGAUGGAGGGGCAAGAGAUAAACAUCAGAAUUCAAAUCAGUUCUUUACCUUCAGUUAUUGAAGUUGAUGCAGUGGAGGACGUUAAUGAAGAUCUAUGAAGAGAAAUGAUCAGAGUGUUAAGCG